AUGAAGCAGCGUUCUUCUAUUCAGGAAGGUCUCAAGGGCCCUGAGAACGGGCAGAAAGUCAGACAUAGGGAGACCCCGAGCGAGCGGUCAAAGGAGCCACACGGCACACGCUCAGGUAAUCGAGACUCUGUCCUGGGUUCUUGGAUGAAUAAGAUUCGGCCAUCCCGUGGCCAACAACCAUCUCCUAUCUCUGUCAAUCAUCGUCGACCGACGCCGAGCGCUCGAAGCAACCAGCAGAGUGUGUGCGCUGAACCCAGGGACGGCCGACGGAUCGAGAAUGCACGCCCCUCUCGAACUGAGUCGGAAUACAUUUGGAUGAUAAAAGAGAAGGAUGCGUGUAUCCAAAAGCUACGGGCGGAAUACAUCGAGUCUGUCAGAGAAUAUGAGGCGCGUAUUGCGGAUUACACGCGCCGGAUGGAGGAGCAAGAGCGGCACAUUACGGAAUUGGAGCAAGAGCGGACCAACCUUGAAAAAGACCUGGACAUCCUGAGGAAUGAACGCCAGAGACUGGAAUCUGUAGCUCUCGUCGCCCAGGAAGGCGCCCUCAAAGCGAUGGCAAAGGGAGGCCAUGUCCCGAAAGAGGACCGCGUGAUCAGGGACGAGCUGACGAGGCUGCAGGAUGCCGUGCGGCAGUGGGCCCGGAAAUACGCGGUAGAAGCCAUGGCUGACAUUGACGGUGUGCCUAGCCAGCAGAAGGACCAGGUGAUCAAGCAUUUGAAAGGCUACUGCAUUCAAACACGGUGGAGUGAUUUUCUCCUCAAAGCGCCAAUCCCUUCGAACAAGAUCCCAUUCGUCCUUGUCGAGGCAUUGCUUGCCAAGCAUAUAUUUGACCAGAUGUUCAUGGAUCCCUUCUUCCUGUUUCCGGAGUCGAGUGAUGGCUCUACACUUCCUGGCAGAGCCAACAUGCGCCUAUUAUAUGAUGCCAUGAAGCAAGCGGACCAGGCUAAGGCUCAUAUGUGGCGGUCGCAAAUCAUAAGCGUAUUGUCUGAUAGCAUGCAGAGUAGACUACAGGAGUUUGCCAGGGUGUGGAUGAGCGCCUUCCUCCGUAGCCCUGCUCAGCUGCUUCUUCACACGAUCGCAGACGAGUCAGGCCUGAGGACGCGCAGUGCAGAACUACAAAAGCUGUAUCACAGAGCAGGCAAGCUGGCAUUAUCCCUCUGGGCUCAGAGAGCGUCCAUCAAAUGCUAUGGCCUGUCCCAGUUGCAGACAUUUAGUUCGUCGUCCCCGAUGAUGAGCGCUCAUCGGCUGCAUCAGCUUGACGAAGACGAUGAAUGCCUUGAUGGCCGGAAAGUCCUGGCCUGUAUGCAGCCGGCCAUUUUGGCGUUUGGAAAUGAGAGUGGGGAGAAUUAUGAGACUAGUAAGGUAUGGGCCAGCGCCGUUGUUCUGGUAGCUGAGGAUGAAUAG